AUGGAGACGCUUACUUUCUCCUGGUGUGACAGGCUACCUGCCGUACUGCAAGCGAGGCUUGCGAGCAAGCCCAAUUUGACGGCUGAGCAUCUUCGAGAUGCUGUACUGGAGGCGUGCGCGAUUGUGGAUGAGGAGCUGCCCGGCACAAGGGAGUCAGAUGGCCUUCAGACUCCGAGCCGGGCUCUCGGUCUGCUGGGAGCUGAGAAAGCUGCAACGUCCGUCAGGUUGCUGGUGGCCAAUGUGGGCGACUCGCGAGCGGUCCUGUGCCGCGGGGCCAAAGAGCCCGCUCCGCUGCAGGCGUGCCGUCUCUCCGAGGACCACAAGCCCAACCGCCCCGAUGAGAAGCAGCGCAUCGAAGCCCUGGGCGGAGUUGUCGAUCUGUACGGCGUCUGGCGAGUCUUCUGCCCAUCGCAGGUCUUCUUUGGAGGUCGCGCCAUCCCUCGCUGGGGCCUUGCCGUGUCCCGGUCCUUUGGUGACCUUCUACUCAAGGAGCCCCAGAAGUACGGCUGCUCGCAGGUUCGAGGUGGCUUGGUGACCGCCGAGCCGGAGGUGCGCAUGGUGGAGCUGGACCCCGCAGUGGAUCGUUUUCUCAUUCUCGCCUGUGAUGGUGUUUGGGACGUGUUGCAGGACAGCGACGCAGCUGCGGUUUGUGCAAGUGCGGCUGGGGUAGAGCUGGCUUCGCACUCCCUGGUUCGGCACGCAUUUGCCGCUGGAUCUGGGGACAACCUGACGGCCGUUGUGAUGGCCUGGCGCAGUGAGUAA